GCAGAGCGUGCACUGACACCUUUAUAAAAUUUUAAUUUAAUUAUUUUUUUUACAUUUUUUUUUCUUUUUGAAUCGGCGUAGUGAGGUGAUAAAAGCACGUCGAUUAAAGUGACAUCUUCAGAUCAUAAUUGAAAUCAGUGAAAAUGUGUCGCUCUAUUGUGUUUGUUUUCUUUUUGACAAUACGUUUGGGAUACUGUUUUGUAAAUUUGGCCGACGUAGAAUGUGGCCUGGACAUCGCUCGCCGCGGCCGCAUCGUGGGGGGCGAAGACAGUCUCCCUGCGGAAUUCCCCUGGGCUGCCAGUUUAUGGAGACAGGGGACUCAUCAGUGCGGAGCCACGGUGCUGAGUGACAGGUGGCUGCUAACCGCUGGGCAUUGCAUUUGUAGUGUCUUCGACGAGUUUUACAAGUCAAAACAAUUGACUGUCGUCGUUGGGUAUACCGAUAUAACCUCAAGCAAAGACGGGACUGAAGCCCUUUCGCAAAUCAUCCCCCACCCUGAAUACAGGUAAGUAUUGUACACAGCUACCGAUUGAAAACAGGUUUUCACUUCAGAAACUGUUACAAUACUCACAUUUUUAAAUAGUAUGUAAAAUACCCUGGCUGCCACCAA